UUUCCUCACCAACAAUCCUCUCAUCUACGUGACCCUCUGUCGUACAGUUCUGCUCGUCUAAUCCUCUAUUUUCCUCGUUAUUUUCGUUUUUUUUAAAAUGGCUCAGGAGAAGGAAGCGAUUGGCGCAAUGGAGUGGAAGAUAAAAAUGGCUGGCGGGUCAUCUGAAAGUUUGGCUCCCACCAAGGCACGAUGGUGCCCCCGCAUAGCCUGGCUUGCAUUAAAGGGUCUGGUUGUAGGAUUGGUUAUGAAAGUAUGGAACUUUCUGAAGAAAGCUUGGGACAUGGGACACAAUGAGCCUAGAAAGGUGAUCCAUUGCCUCAAAGUUGGGGUGGCCCUCACAGUUGUCUCACUCUUUUACGCCAUGAGACCUCUAUAUGAAGAUGCGGGAGGAAAUGCCAUAUGGGCAGUUAUGACAGUUGUGGUUGUCUUUGAAAAUACCGUUGGUGCAACAUUAAGUAAAAGUAUAAAUAGAAUUUUUGGAACUUUUCUUGCUGGAUUUCUUGCCAUCGGCAUCCAUUGUAUUGCGCGUAAAUCCGGGAAAGAUGUUGAGCAUUUCAUCACUGGAUUUUCAAUUUUCUUAUUAGCUUCUGCAGCAACCUUCUCUAGAUUUAUAGCGUCGGUGAAAGCCCGAUUUGAUUACGGUGCCAUGAUCUUCAUCCUCACAUUCAGCUUAAUUUCGGUGUCGGGUUACCGAGUGGAUCAGUUAUUCGACCUGGCCAAACACAGAAUGUCGACCAUCAUCAUUGGAACUUCCUUGUGCAUUGUCAUAACCAUGAUCAUUUGCCCCAUUUGGGCUGGGGAGGAACUCUACAUGCUCAUCACUCGGAACAUGGACACGCUUGCCAAUUCCUUAGACGGUUGUGUGGCAGAUUAUUUCAAUAAUAGUGGAGGCUUUGCUGGUGACAAAGAAUCUGACAAUAAAUUGCUUGGCUACAAAUGUGUUUUGGGUUCAAAGGCAACAGAAGAAUCCAUGGCCAAUUUUGCUAUAUGGGAGCCGGCACACGGCCGAUUCAACUUCCGGCAUCCGUGGAAUCAAUACCUUAAAAUCGGGGCAUUAAUGCGUGACUGCGCUUAUUGCAUUGAGGCGUUCAACGGUUGUGUCAGUUCCAAAAAUGAGGUAUCUGAGCUCACAAAGACGCAUAUCAGCAACACUGCCAUAAAAGUAAGCUCAGACUCCUCAAUGGUGAUAAAAGAACUAGCAAGGACUAUGAAAACAAUGAAGAAAUCAUCUGCAAUAGAUCUCCUCGUUGGAGAAAUGAACAAUUCAGUUUUGAAGCUCCAAGAGGACUUGAAAUCUCUGCCUAAAUUAUUCAUUAAUCCACAGCCGCCUCUGCAAGAACCCGAAAGUCCUGGAAACAACAACAAAACAAAAGCAGAAGCAGCAGCAGUUGCUCUCAUGGACAUAAUUCCACUUGUGACUUUAACUUCUCUGCUGGUUGAGAUUGUUGCCAGGAUUGAAGGCAUGGUUAGUGCAGUUCAAGAGCUGGCAAAGCUGGCCGAAUUCAAGGCAGUGGGCGAUCGGAAGGCGAAUCAGAAUCAGACUACUAACAAAGUUAUACCAGAUCAAAGUGCCCUCCAAAGGGUUUGAGAUAGUUUUGUACAUUGAUUAUUUUUCUUCGCAGAUUGCGUUGCCA